ACUAUAAGUUGAGAGCUGCAUCCCCUUGGGACGCUCGCAGAUCCCAGCCUGCCUGUCCCCUUCAGCAAGGAGCUCGGCGCUUCUCUCCACUCCUCCUAGAAACUCGCUGCCAACAUGUCUGAUACCGAGGAAGUGGAGCAAGGAGAGGAGGAAUACGAAGAAGAAGCUCAGGAAGAAGAAGAGGUUCAAGAAGAAGAAGCUCAGGAGGAAGAAGUCCAUGAACCAGCUCCCCCUCCAGUUCAUGAGCCAGAGGAGAAGCCUAGAAUAAAACUAACUGCUCCUAAAAUACCGGAGGGUGAGAAAGUAGAUUUUGAUGACAUCCAAAAGAAAAGGCAGAACAAAGACCUGAUUGAACUGCAGGCCUUGAUUGACAGCCACUUUGAAGCCAGGAGAAAGGAAGAGGAAGAGCUGGUUGCCCUCAAGGAGAGAAUUGAGAAGCGCAGAGCUGAAAGAGCAGAGCAACAGAGAAUCCGGGCUGAGAAGGAGAAGGAGCGUCAGGCAAGGCUUGCGGAAGAAAAGGCACGGAGAGAGGAAGAAGAUGCCAAGAGAAAAGCUGAGGAUGAUCUCAAGAAGAAGAAGGCUCUGUCCUCCAUGGGUGCCACAUACAGCAGCUAUCUGGCUAAGGCUGAUCAGAAGAGAGGAAAGAAGCAAACAGCGAGAGAGACAAAGAAGAAGGUCCUGGCAGAGAGGCGCAAGCCCUUGAACAUUGACCACCUUAAUGAAGACAAGCUGAGGGACAAGGCUAAGGAACUGUGGGACUGGUUAUACCAGCUGGAGACUGAAAAGUAUGACUUUACAGAGCAGAUCAAGAGGAAAAAAUACGAGAUUUUAACAAUGCGUUGCAGGCUGCAGGAGCUUUCCAAGUUCAGCAAGAAGGCAGGAGCCAAGGGCAAGGUUGGCGGGCGCUGGAAGUAAAGAACCAGGCAGGAUGGCCCUUAAUGGCGUGCUGAAACCCUGCUGGUCUCCUCUUUCCUCCUUCACCAAUCACUUGUGCUCCCACACCUCAAUGAUAACAAAAAUCGCAACAUCAGCCUGGGUUGGCUACUGCUGCUGCUUUUCUUCUUUCUUUUCCUGGAGGGGUCUGGUGGCUUCCUCGGUCAAAAGGAAGCAGGUUCCCUGUGAAACCGAGAUGACUCCUUGCUGGCAUCUUCAACUCCUGCUGAGCAUGUCCUUUAUCCUCCUGAUACCAGCCCUAUGCUGUCCUGUAGAUUGCUGCAUACAAAUCUCUGGAUUUUGUAAAUAAAGCGCGACCAGUACCUACUCCAAU